AUGGCGACUCAAAGCCAACGAGGGGUUGACGAUGUUGAUGUUGAUGUUGGUGCUCCUGCUGCCGCUAGGGUUGCGGGAGGUGCGGGGGGAGCGGGAGGAGCGGGGGAGAUGGGGGAAGAGGAUUUCUUGAAUUCCUCGAUAGAGAGUGACUCGGUACUGCUGAGGAGGAUGUGGCAGAACGAGAAAGCGGCGCCGGAUAUCCUUCCGUACGAAACCGACUUGGUGGAGAGGACUAAAACGAGGCUAGAAGAGCUGGAGGAGGUGAUAGAUGCGUUGAAGGGGGAUGGACGGAAAGCGAUGGAGAGGGAAUUGCAUAUGAUGGACGUUGACAGAACCAAGUACCUGCUCAGGGCAUAUCUGCGAUGCCGGAUACAGAAGAUCGACCGCUUCUUUCUGCACUUUGCUGGCGAGGAGAGCUACCACAGCCGGCUGUCAGAAGGGGAACAGCGGUAUUGUGACAGGCAGGUAGAUCUGGUGCAGGCGCAUCUGGACAGGACUGCGCUCACCCGCCUGCCUCGGCGCUACCAGUCCAUACUCAAGCAGGCGGACUCGAGCGAGACACCAGAUAUGAUUCCCACUCCUGAUCUUGACACAUUUGUGUUCUGUGUGGCCACUCGUCCUCUGCCAUCUGUUCAGCUUGACCCUGAGCUCGAUGAUGUCAUUGGCAUGGCGCCUGGGGAGCUCCACAUUCUGCGAUACAGGCCGAUUCAAACACUUGUACAGUCCGGUGAUAUAAUUCUUUUGUGA